GAAAGAAAGACGGGGUGGGGGGGGGGGGACCCAGGUUCCGACUCCAGGCUAAGAACCCCUGCCCCAGGUGAUCUCUAGGACCAGGCGUUGACUUUCAGGCCUAAUGGCUCACUCAUGAAUUCAUGCAGACCCCAGAAAUCACACUUGUGUCCUGGGCAUGGGUGCUGCAGACUUAGGUGGACUAAAGCAAUCUUAGAAUUGGAACCCAAGGCCCAGAAUGGCAGAAGGGGACAUUGUGGGAGCCCCACCUGAUCACCUCUGGGUACACCAGGAAGGUGUCUACCGGGAUGAGUACCAGCGAACAUGGAUUGCCUUUGUGGAAGAGGAGACCAGUUUCAUUAGGGCUCGAGUGCAGCAGGUACAGGUACCCCUAAGUGAUGCAGUCAGGCCCAGUCAUCUCCCUCCCUCCCAGCUCCCACUAAUGUGGCAGCUGUACCCUGAAGAGCACUACCUGGAUAACAACUCUAGGAUAUGGGAGAUAGAGCACCACUUAAUGGUCAGGGGAGUGGAGGAGCUGUUGCUUAAGCUCUUGCCUGACGAUUAAUCUGGUGCUGGGAUUCUAGGAAGAUAUGUCCAUUUGUUGUGUACAUUCUAUGGGAAUCACUUCACCCAGCACUGAAGUGUGCAUCUACCUUUGGGGGGAAAAGUGAAAACUGGUCAAGAACGCAGCAUAACAGUUUAGGAAGGAAAGCGAAGAAUACUGUCAAACCGCAGGGGGAAGGUUAGGUAGAUACAAGGCCAGUCCAGAGGUGGGCAUUGAGUCAGGACGCCUAGCUUAAAGCCUCUGACUCUUGGAAAGUGCCAUGGAAUCUCUAAUGGACAUCGUCGGUCAGAGCCUCCGUUUGACAUCCUCACCCAAAAAGCAGCACCUCCAGAAAAGAUGCCCUGAUCACCAAGGACUUGGUACUGACCUAGCCGGGAGCCUUCAGCAGUCAACAUGUCUUUUGGUUUUUUUUCCCACCUCCUUCUCCCCUUCCCUCCCCAAACUUCGCAUUCCUGCUUCUCCCUUCAUAAAAACAUCCUCGUUUUUGCUUGCAUGUCUUCCAUUCCAGCACUGGGAUACUCGGAGCCACUGAGAACUUGAGAACUUAGGAGCUCUGAGAAAGGGCGCCACCGGGGUUGGCCGCAGUCUUCAAGGACCUUUUCCCCUUUCAGAAAUGUCACAUGUCUUCAGAGUCUCAGGGAGUCGUUAAACUCAAUCUCCGUUUCCCAUAUUUUAUCUUUAAGUACUUGACGCCCUACUUUCUCGGAAACCUCUAGAGCUACACCGUAGGGGCUUCCGAGCCA